CGAAUCCUGGAAGUCCCAGCCCUUCCCGGGGCUCCUCCUCUCUCAACCCCGCUGCUUGGCCGCGCCCUGGUGCCCAUGGGCUCCUCCCCUUCCCAGGACUCCAGGAGAGCCUGCUGCCCGCUCUCCCGCCCCACCAGCCAUGGUGGUUUCUGGAGGCCCCGCAUCCCUGGGUGGGGGCUGUCUUGGCACCUUCACCUCCCUGCUGCUGCUGGCGUGGACAGCCACCCUCAGUGCGGCCAGGAUAUCUGUUCCCCCAGCCUGUGGGAAGCCCCAGCAGCUGAACCGGGUUGUGGGCGGCGAGGACAGCACUGACAGCGAGUGGCCCUGGGUCGUGAGCAUACAGAAGAAUGGGACCCACCACUGCGCCGGCUCCCUGCUCACCAGCCACUGGGUGAUCACUGCUGCCCACUGUUUCAAGGACAACCUGAACAAGCCAUCCCUGUUCUCCGUGCUGCUGGGAGCCUGGCAGCUGGGGAAUCCCGGCUCUCGGUCCCAGAAGGUGGGUGUUGCCUGGGUGCAGCCCCACCCUAUGUAUUCCUGGAAGGACGGUGCCCGUGCGGACAUUGCCCUGGUGCGUCUGGAGCGCUCCAUACAGUUCUCGGAGCGUGUCCUGCCCAUCUGCCUGCCUGAUGCCUCUAUCCACCUCCCUCCAAACACCCACUGCUGGAUCUCAGGCUGGGGGAGCAUCCAAGAUGGAGUGCCCUUGCCCCACCCUCAGACCCUGCAGAAGCUGAAGGUUCCUAUCAUCGACUCGGAAGUCUGCAGCCGCCUGUACUGGUGGGGAGCAGGACAGGAAGCCAUCACUGAGGACAUGCUGUGUGCUGGCUACUUGGAGGGGGAGCGGGAUGCUUGUUUGGGCGACUCCGGGGGCCCCCUCAUGUGCCAGGUGGACGGCGCCUGGCUGCUGGCCGGCAUCAUCAGCUGGGGCGAGGGCUGUGCCGAGCGCAACAGGCCUGGGGUCUACAUCAGCCUCUCUGCGCACCGCUCCUGGGUGGAGAAGAUCGUGCAAGGGGUGCAGCUCCGUGGGCGCGCUCGGGGGAGUGGGGCCCUCAGGGCACAGGGCCCGGGUUCUGGGGCAGCCGCGCGCUCCUAGGGCGCAGUGGGUCGCGGGGCUCGGAUCUGAAAGAUGGCCAAAUCCAGAUCUGGAUUUGGAUCUGCGACGGCCUCGGGCGGAUUCCCCCGCUGUAAAUAGGUCCAACUACCUCUGGAGGCCCGGAAGGCUGCUGCGGAAAGGAGGCCCCUCCCCGCCCCGCCCCCCGCCCCCCCAAGGCCUCAGGCCCCGCUUCCAAGGCCUCAGGCCUCGCCCCAUGACUUCCGGUCCCGCCCCGGGCCCCAGCGCUUUUGUGUUUAUAAAAGUUAAUGAUUUUUAUAGCUAUUUGUAACCCUGCCCACAUAUCUUAUUUAUUCCUCCAAUUUCAAUAAAUUAUUUAUUCU